AUGCUGCUAGACGCGGGUGCCAAUAUUAACGCACAAGGAGGUGAGUAUAGCAAUGUGCUGCAGGCGUCAUUAUACAGUAGCCAUGAGAUGGUAGUACAGGUGCUGCUGGCCAAGGGUGCUAAUGUCAACGCACAA